AUGUCGGGAUACCUCAAAGACAAAGAUGGCGAGCCCAUCCAAGAGGGCGACAAGGUGUUUACCCGUUUUCGCAGUGGAAAACGCGAGGGAGAGGUCGAGCAAAUUGUCACAAACGGAGACGAAGCGGCCAAGAUUUCGGACAUCAAUGUAAAGAACCCACCGAAGGUUAGCUUCUCAGAUCAGGACUGCGACAUCGACGUCAUAAAACGGCAUGGACACAAUGUUGCACACAAUCCUGGCACUCUGAGCCAUACCGACUAAGGUCAUCGUCACGGAAAACAGCCACAUGUACCAUAGGUAAAUUUGCCUGAUUAACACAUCGAGUAACGAGGAUAGGGCUGCAGGGCCGCUGUUGGCGUACCAUUUGAACCUUCACAUGUUGGCACUC